UGUGGACAUAUCUAAGAGAUUUCAGAUUUUAAAAUUUUAUUAAUAUAACCUGUGCUUUGAUGUUUAAAAUAUCAAGGGGAGCCAAACCUUUUGGUGGGGAUAUGUUUAUCUCAGAAAGGAUGCAUGCAGUUGUGAGUUAAAGUAGAUGAAAUUAUCAGCGAGAAAAGGGGUGUAAAUACGCUCUGAGUGAACUUGGCACCUGUUCUAAUCACAGAGUAUAUUUGGACCUUGUGUGACUUAAUUCCCAUUAAGCACACAAUAUCCUCCUUAUAAAGCAAUUGGCUUGUAGCUAUUGCUAGACUUUGUUUGUCUCUCUUGGAAGAUUGAGCACAGCAGUCAGUGGUCUGGUUCACGUCUGCAAAGAGCCCCUAUUUAUUGUUCUUAGGUCAGGGCCCUAUGAAGUUAAACUGUUUCUAACUGGGCUUGAACAUGACCAGUAUGAUAUUUUGGUCAGUCAUGAGAUAACGCAUGUAGGACAGUGCAUGGUUAAAAGCUCGUUAGUUUAAAAGCCUGACAGAAUAAGAAAGAUUUCACUUGCUAGUGGAAGACGUGAGGGAGCCAUAUUAGGUCCCUCGGGAGAGAGUUUCAGAGUAUGAAAGCAGACACCCAAAAGGCCCUCUUCCUUCUCCCCACCAAACAUGCUUGGGAAGUGACCUUGGAGGUGUCUAUGGACAACGCCAGCUCUUUGGCUUAGAAUUGAAGAUGAGCACCAACCUCCAGAGUCGGACAUGACUAGACUUAAUGUCAAGGGAAAACCUUUACCUAACCUACAGGUUGAAUAUUCUUUUCAGGGACCAGAAAUCUUCAAUAUUUUGGAUUUUGAAAUACUUGUGUGUCCAUAAUCUACUUUGGAGAUGAGACCCAAGUCUAAACACAAAAUUCAUUUAUGUUUCAUGUACACCUUAUACGCAUAGCCUGAAGGUAAUUUUAUGAACAAUAUUUUAAUAGUGUUGUACAUGAAACAAAGUUGGUGUACAUUGAACCGUAAGAGGCGAAGGUGCCAAUAUCUCAGCAGACCAUUCUGGAGUACAGAAUUUCUGAUAAGAUAGUGGACAAGGUGGAACAAUGGUCUCAUAAGAAGAAACUGUUUAAUUCAAAGUGUAAGUGGUGUGCUAAAUUAUGUAUUUUUAUAUUCUGUAGAUAUCCUUAGGCUAAGGUUUUGGGGUGGAUAAUGGACAAUGGCUGAACACCUAAACUAUGACAUGCCCAAAUAUGUGAGCAACAUUGUCCUCAUCCACUAGCAUUUUUGUGAGAUUUAAGUGUAUAGCUGCCCAUCCAAUUUAGGACUAAAUAGGCUAUUGUUGCUUUAUUUCUGCUAAUGUAGGAUGUCUGGAUAGAGCUUCCAACAAAUGAAGUCUGGAGUGGGGAAGGGAAAUGGUUAUUCAUUCAGUGAGGAUCUCUCUCAUUCCACACUGCCCACUUUUCCCCAUCUGUCUCUUUGUCUCGCCUGACAUCAGUGCAUGUUUUCGAUUUAUAAUUUAGAAAGACUUGGAUUUGAUGGUUGGAUUAGUUAACAGUGCCACAGCAUGUGGUAAAACUAAUAUUGUGCAGAAGAAUCUUAUCUAGAAUUUGAUCUUAUAUUCUGAUGUCAAACUGACCUUUCCUGUACAAACAGUUCUUGCAACAACAAAACCAACUGUUUCUUGUUGGACCCAUGCAAAGAAUAUUAGGAAGCAUCCUUAAAAAGGAAGUGAAGAAUAGUUAUGGGAAGAUUGUGUUUGUGUUCAUUUCCGACUUACUGGAGAUGGGAACUAUAUUUUUCCUUUGCUUGUGUGUGGAGGGUGAGUUCUGAAGUAACCCUGUUACAAAAAUGUCUUGUGGCUUUGCAAAGUGGGAUGCAGUCUGUGAAACUUAUGCCAUGUAAAACUUGCUAGUCUUUAAAGUAGUGCAAGAGUCUGCAGGGUUUAUCUAACACAUGAACUUACAGCAUAGUAUUAAGUUAUAACAACCUGUUAGACAACUGCCCCCACCUCGUGCCCAUGCCUCUCGUCUUCCUGCAUUUUUGAGGGUUGCACAUCUGACUUCCACUUUACAGAAGAGUAAUCCAGGGUAUGAAACAGGAGAUCAUCUCAACCCUUUGAGGGUCAGCACUCAAGCUGACUUUGGCUGUUCUACUGACUAUUGUGUGCUGCGCCCUCUGAAGACCAGCCAAGGGCAUAUCUAAUAAAAUCCAUAAACAUUUCCUGUUCAUGCAGUUCUCUUAACUAAAACAACAAUUCAGAGGUGUUGACUGUAGUGACUGUGUAGAUCCUGGAGAUGCUUUGACGUAAUCCUUGGGUAUUUAAAUUUCAGUUGUGAACUCUUUGGGGUAGAGAUUAUAGAGAUUGAUGGUGUUGUUCAUAUAAUAUGCCCAUUGAAUCAUAUGAACUAAAACUUAGCAAGCUUAGAUGAUAUAAAAUAAAUAAUUCCAUCCCUUUCACUAGCAUUGUGUGAUGGUUUAGGCUUUGGACUAUAGUGUUGGGGGACUAAGGUUCAAAUCUCUGGUCCAUUAUGGAAACUGGGUGACCUUGGGAAAGUCACACUCUCUCAACCUCAAAAAAGGGAACAGGCAAACCGCUUCUGAACAAGAAAACACCAGAUCAGAUAGUGACUUGAAGGUAUAUAACAAAUAACAAAAUACUUUUUACCUAAGCCUCCAUCUCAGGUUAGUCUUUCAUAGAGCUGUAUCUAUAAACCUCUGUCUCAUAGAAGUAAGAUGCUAUGGAGAGGUCUGGAACUAAACUAUAAUGACAUCUGGAGGGUAUAUAUUGCUUAUGCUUAAAGGAUCACACUCCCAUGUAUGGAAAGAUAAGGAAGACAAUACAUGUUCUUGCUAUUGUUAUUAGUUGUAAUUUUCAACUCUGACAUAGACCACUUCUACAUUGCCAUACAUAAUCCAGAUUACCUGCUUCAACUGGAUUCUGUGGCAGUGUAGACAAAUAUAAUCCAGUUCAAAGCAGAUAAUCUGGAUUCAUGGUAGUGUAGAAGUGGCCUUACAAAAAUCCAAUGAAUGAGAAACCCCUGAGAUGAAAGGUUGUGACUCCUUUGAUUUCAUCUACCCACCAGAUCUCUUCUUUUCCCACUGUCCCCCACACUUUACCCAACAUCAUGAUUUUUAAUAAGUCAUGUUGUCUCAUGAUAUGUCUAAUCUUAAGUUUCAUUAUUUUUGGUUUCUAGGAAGAAUUUGGCUUUAUCUCUAAUGAACACGCUGGUGGAUGAGGUUAUGGUGACAUGCUACCAAUUCACAACCACCUAGGCAGAUCUUAUCAGAUCUUAUCUGAUAUUUUCCCCAAGAUUUGACAGAAGUAUGAUAUUCUUUAUACUUAAAUCAUAGUGCUUCUCUGGUACCUUCCUCAUUGUUACCUUCCUCAUCUUUCUAUUUCUGUGGCUUAGUCAUUCUUCUCUAAAUUGUCAUAAGAGCACAUAAAAGGUCAGUAUACACAAACUUGCCCUUCCCAUGGGUCAUUUUCUGCUUUAAAGUGGAUUAUAUGAGUCUUCACUGCCAUAUCAUCUGAGAUAAACAGAAAACCUGGGAUCCUAUCCUGGGAUAUAGAGCGUCUGGAGGGACCCACAGUAUCUAUACCCCUUUGCAAAAUACUAAUUUCUGACUUUGGAACCUAUAUUAAAAUACUAUUGUUUAGAGCCCUUGUCAUAGCCACUCAUCUGACGCACGAUUUCUUUGACAUUUAGACCUUUGGAGGAUUCAAAUAGAGAUGAGGAACAAAUAAUGUGCUAUCUCGGAUGGCAACUUUGCCCAUAACUGCCACUAAUACAGUUUGGGUUCCCAGCAUAAAAAAACCCAACAUGUUGAAAUUCUAUUAAAAAAGCUUCAGCACUCAUAACAUGCAGGAAAAGCAUAUGGCAAUAAUUAAAAGAUGCAUGUGUGAAAGACAGUUGGCGACACAAAACUUCCCUCUUUCCCUGCAGGAGAACAGUGUGCAACCGCUUCUCGUCUCUGCUAAUGAUUUCAUAACUUCCAGAACUUUGGCUAGCUUGUAAAUAUUUUCCAAAUGAAUUUUGAGGAGGCAGCCAUGAGUAACUAUAGCAAUGGGUAAGAAUGGUUUGACGUGGAGAGUCUAGCAGCAUUGCCAUAAGACAACUUAAACACUUAAAGGGUGGCAUAAUAUGGUUGCCAAGAUAUUAAAUCCAAAUUCUGUAUAUCCUGCCCAAGAGGGGUGCAGGAGAUGGGAUAACAAUGAGAAGUAGCAGGCUGAGAGGGAAUGGCUAAUGUAGCAAAAGUUCUAAAUGGAGGUAUGUAGUUUAGUACCAGAUGGGAACUGGUUAUUUAGCUAGCAGCACACUGGUUUCACUGUGCCUCGCUUCCACUUGAUAUCACUGAUACAAGCUUACUUAAAUCACAUGUUCUUAUCUGGUUUCCCUUCUGAACCACUGAACACGUUGAUUUUCAAAAGCUUAAACCCAAUAUAUCUAUAACAGGCUAAAAUAACCAUAGUACCAUCUUUACUGAGUUGGUAAAAAGGAUGUAAAGAAUGACACAUCAAUGUGUGCAUGUGUGUGUAUAAUGUUAACUUCCAUAUCACAUAGUUUAAUCGUUUUAUGUUUCUCAGUCAUGUCAACAGUGCCCUUGGAUGCUAUCAGCUGUUCAAAUGCUACUCAAAAUACACAUAACUUCAGCCUUCUGUUCGUGAGCUUUCAGUCCUCAGUACAGUAGACCCUUAGUAUCCUUUGAGGUUUGAUUCCAGGACCCCAGUGGAUACCCCAGUCUAUGGAUGCUCAAGACCCAUUAUAUAUAAUUACACAAUAAAAUGGUGUCCCUUAUAUAAAGCGGAGAGCAACGCAAACAAAUACCCGAGAGAGCCAGAGGAUGUCUGAAAUGGUGGUGGGUUAUGCCAGAAUAUGUCUACACAUCAGUGUAGUGCUCAAUGCAUGGCUAAAUCAAGGUUCACUUUUUGGAUUUUUCAUCCCUGAAUUUUUUUGUGCCAUGGUUGGUUGAAUCCAUGGAUGCAGAAGCCGUGGAUUUGGAGGGCUGACUGUAAAUAAUACUGGAGCUCUUUUGAUCCAAAUUUUCUGCAGUCUUUUGCUAGGUGUUGGCUAGAUGGAAUAUACAAGCAAGUGGUGAGAGGAUUUUGCUGUUUAGAUGCCGUUAUUCUUUCUUCGAUUGCAUAUACACCCGAAGAAGGCUUUGAAAUAAGUAUUGCCCCAAACAUUUUGAGGCUUUUAGCUCUUGAACUUUAUUUUUUACCAUCUUGAAACAUGGCCCCUUCCUCCUUUACCCAGGGUUUUUUUUUUUUACUCUUUUGCCUUUUCUCCUUCCUCUGUUCCCAAUUGGCUGUUCACCAAAAGUAGAGGAGACGUAGGUCUGGCUACAAAGGCUUUCACUGUCUCCUUUAAAGUGCCUCAUAUUGGAAGUGGUUCUCUCUUUUUCCUUCUCCUUUAAUCUAGGAGAACCUUCUGUUUUUCACAUAUUACCACAGUUAAAGACGACUUUGCCCUCUUGUUUCUUGAGAAGACCAGAGAAGAGGAGCCUAGGCCACUGCACUCAUGUAACCAGCUCCUGAGAUCAGUAUGCUUUCUGUAAAUGCCUUUGUUCUUAUUGCAUUUGUCAUUAUACAAAAAUGUUAUUGUGGUUUUAACUGUACACUACAUUGAACUGAAUGCCUUGGUAUAAAUAUGCAGUUCAUAAUUUAAUUGAUCUGGCAGUAAAUGUUCUCCCUAAACUGUACAGUCUUGGUUCAAAUGUUCCCUUAAUCUUCUUAUCUUGGUCACUCUAGUAUCUGACCAUAAGGAAUGACUCUAUUUUUGCCAUCUUGUUACCUCUCUGGGCCCCUACCUCUUAACUUUAGCACUCUAACCACUCAGUACACUGGGAGCAUGAACUAAGCUGAGAAUAACAGCAUUAUAAAGAUCAGAUUCUUUAAUGAAGUUCAGAGGUGUGAGGGACUACAUCUUUUAGUGCUAUUCUUCUAGCACCAAAUUUCUGUCCAUUGCAAUAACACUGGUUUCAUCCUUGUGCAUGUACAGUAUGACCCCCUUUCUACAGGAGAUAUGUUUCAGGACUCCCACCCCCACACCCCAUGGAUAACUGAAACAAUGGAUAACAGUGAUCUCUAUAUUUUAACUAUACUUGUGGCAGAAGCAUACCAUAGAAUCACACCGAAGAACCUAAAAAGGCUGACAAAUGCUUCUAUGUGGGAAUAUGUUUUGGAGUGUAGCUAACACAUAGAUAAGAGGGUCAUAUUGUAUCAGAUUCAGUCCUUUGAUUUUGCUUGCUCAGAACAUCUUUCCUUGAACCAUUAUGAGUUCAUUAAAUGGUUUUUCUUUUAGUGUCUCCUAAGGAGUCUUGCUUUCUUGUUGGAUGCUCUUGAGCAGAGGUGGGGAAAGUGGCUUUCCAGGAUUACUUUGACGGCCUCCCAGGACUCCCCACUUUUUUACCUUUGGGAAAUGUUGGGUCAAUUUUGCCAUUUUUUUUACCAUCCCCUGUCUGUUUUAGGUCCAGAAAGUAACAGGAAGCUGUUAUAGUAUUUCAGAAAUUAAGCAUCUGCACACACUUUUUCUAACUAUAGACUAAACUUCUAGAAUCUAGUUGUUUAAUCUAGAGUUAUAGAUAUCUAUAGAAAAGGAUUAUCCAUCCCCAAAUGAAAGGAGCAUACAGCGGGCCCUUGGUAUAUGCUGAAGUUUGGUUCCAAGACCCCUGUGGAUACAAAAAUCCGCGGAUGCACAAAUCCCAUGAUAUAUAAUGGCAUAGUAAACUGGUGUCCCUUAUAUAAAAUAACUUUUUAGGUUUUUUUAACUUAAAAAAAUAUUUUCAGGCCAUGGAUAGUUGAAUCUGUGGAUAUGAAAAGCCAACUGCAUUUUCUAGAUAUAAUUUUCUAGAUAUCAUUUAUCUCAGCAUCGACAUGCAUCAACUUUUGGAGUUAAGAAACUGCUUUCCUACAUGUUUCAGCAUGUGACCCCUUCAACUGUUAAUGAUAACUAUAUCUGGUAUGAAACUAUCUGGGUGUGAUGGAAAUGAUGAGCCCAGCCCUUGAACUUAUUAUUGUAUUUGUGCACUGAAUACCUCCUUCAGAGUCUGUUGAUGAUGCCUCUUCUCUGCCCUUUAGGCAGUAUAUUUUUCCUCUAAGUCCUGUUGAACUGCUUAACUGGAACAUUUGUUACUGCUGGUUGUCUAUUUUGAUUGGGAUGGAAGAGGUGAGCAUUAGCCUCAUAGCUGGUGGGCUCUUAUGCUUGCCAGAAGCGUUAUGGUUUCAUCUCAAACAAGUAACCACACCUUCUAUUCUAGAUGCUGCAUCAUGCUUGAUUAGCAGCCAGAAGAAUGCUUUGGGUUGGUUUUGAACAUAAAUAGUUUGAUGUCAUGGAACCAAGUCCCAGGGCUGGAUUUCCAAGCCCUGGACUUGGAGUCAUAACAUAAAUAAUCCUGGAAGCACCUGGCAGAAGAAGAUAGAAGAGCCUGGGAACUCGGGGUUGAAAGUAUAAACAAUUAUAAUUGGUAGAGUGUGUGGGAAUAGUAGAAAUGUGAUACAGGGGGUGGGGUUUGAUGAUGAUAUUUGCGUGUGGUGUUACGUUGCAUCAGAGGUGAUAAAAAUGAUUGUAUGUAAACAUUAGGUCAUUCUCGACUUUUUCCAAAGUCAUGUAUUCUUCAAUAAAGAUUGGAUUUGAGAGCAGCUAUCUUUGAUCUGCGUUCAGACUGGUCCUUUGAAGUGAGCCCGACAUUUAAGUCGAGAAUCCCGUUCUCACCCUCCUGCGGAUUCGCAGUGAAGUGAUAAUGAGUGGAGAAGGCGAUCAAAGCCUAAAUGGAGCAGAGAGGCCUUUGCCAGGGGCCCGGCCGUUGGGGGAAGAGACGCUGCAAGCCAUAGCUUCCUCUACGGGGUACCCCAGGCCGAACGGCGUGACCCAGAGGAUUCCCAGAGGAGGAAGAGGCGUCUCUGCGGCUGCAGAAACCAGUUGGGGAUCUGGAGGAAGCAUGCCGGAGACCGUGGCCCUGCGGUUAUCAAUCCUGGAAACUAAUUUAUCCAGGCUGUCGGAAACCGUGGGGAGGUUGGUGCCACUAUUGGAAGAGAAUCUCCAGAAGGAGCCCACCCGAUAUGGCGCCGAGAGAGAGCCAAGUAAAGAAGAAGCUUGGAGCCAGAGGGGCCAGCGCGCCUCAACGCGGAGCCCCGUGGCGGCGAGGGGCGAGGGGGAUGAGGAAUACUGGCAGGAACUGGAGUUCCGAGACAGAAUGGCGCGCGAAGUGGAGCGCCAGCAAGCUCUGGGAACUCUGAGGCCGCCAACUCCAACAGGACUUCCAACCCCCCGAAUGGGCGUCGGGGUGGAAAGACCAAUGGGGCCAGGGAUCGGGUCCAGUGGAUUGGCGGACGAGGGUGGAGAGGAGCCGGAGAUCCAGGAAGAGGAGGAGGAUGUGCCGUACGACGAGGGAAGGCGAGGUGCGGGGGCUACAGCGAGGCCCGCAUUCGGAUGGGUGGAAGGGCCGACAGCAGCGGCAGAAUUUCGGGAGCCGCACGGAACGACCGCCGGAGUGGGGCGCGGCGUAUUCAAAGGGGCCGUCCAAGGAAACCCGAUGCAACCCUUCCCCAUGCCUCCCAGACAGCAUCAACGGGCCGCAGAAUGGAUGCAAAGGAGGGAAGAGCUCAAACUGGAAUACGGAGGGGAAUCAUCUGAACUGAACUUUUUCCUCAUUAGCAUCAGAGGAUAUAUGGAAGACAAUGCACACACAUUCCCCUCCGAAGGAAGCAUGGUUCGGGCCAUCGGCAACACACUAAAGAGAGGAGCAGCCAGCUGGUAUGUGCAACUACAUGCCAGACGCGACCCGUGCCUGAGGUCAGUACCCCGCUUCCUCGCCGCACUAGAAAACCGGUUCAGAGACCGGCUAGAGAAAUUGAGGGCUCGAGACCAGCUUAAAGGAAUAAAGCAGAGGGACAAAACGGUGCCCGAGUACGCAGAGGAAUUCCUCCAUCUCGCGGAAAGGGUGCCAGAGUGGUCUGAAGUGACCAAAGUGGAGAUAUUCAAAGAGGGACUACGCCCCGAGGUUUUCAGUUGGGCAGCGCACAGAGACGACCCAGAAACACUCCAGGGCUGGAUACAACUAGCGGGGCGCGUCGAAUCCACCCUGGCCCAAGUAAAGCGUUUCAGGGGCGGCGGCGGCCAGCAAAGACUGGUGGCGAGGGGUCGAGGAGAAACGAGGAAGCAGGAAAGGCCCGGAGGGAGGCCGGGGAUCCCCUUCAAAGGAGAUGACAACAAACCCAAGCCGGGAUGCUUUGUAUGUGGGAAGACGGGCCAUCGAGCAGCAGAAUGUUGGGCCCGGAAGGGGGAGCCGCCAAAACCCUCAAAGCCCAAGCCAGCAGCCGGGAGACGAGCGGAGGAGGAGGUGCGAGCCCCAGAAUCUCCGGAAAGGCUGAAUUGUGAUGAAAGAAGCACCGAAGAGGAGGAUGGAGAAAAAGAGGGCGCCAUGUCAUGGAACCAAGUCCCAGGGCUGGAUUUCCAAGCCCUGGACUUGGAGUCAUAACAUAAAUAAUCCUGGAAGCACCUGGCAGAAGAAGAUAGAAGAGCCUGGGAACUCGGGGUUGAAAGUAUAAACAAUUAUAAUUGGUAGAGUGUGUGGGAAUAGUAGAAAUGUGAUACAGGGGGUGGGGUUUGAUGAUGAUAUUUGCGUGUGGUGUUACGUUGCAUCAGAGGUGAUAAAAAUGAUUGUAUGUAAACAUUAGGUCAUUCUCGACUUUUUCCAAAGUCAUGUAUUCUUCAAUAAAGAUUGGAUUUGAGAGCAGCUAUCUUU